AUGAGCCUUGAAUUAAAGAAGGACACCACCAAGAAGAGUUCGGUAGCGGAAGGAGUGGCGGAGGAUGGAGUGCAGAUACGUGCACUCACACCAGAAAAGACUCUCCAGCUUAAAAACCUGGAUGAGACCACCGAAGUUUGCGAGGUCGUACAGGCUCUCAAAGAACAAAGUGGAGUGGUGGUGGAAACCGAGGCGGUUCGCCUGCGCAAGGCUAUGCAUGAAAUGAAUGAGAGGCAAACAGCGAUAAAUCUGAAAAAUGUCAUUGAGGAAGAAUUGGCCGGAUUUAAUAUCGAUUUGAAGCAGGUAUUAUCCGUAACUAGUGAUAACGGAAACAACAUGUUAGCAGCCGCUCGUUAUUUCAAAAACAUGAAGAUGGCAACGAAAGACGAAACAGCAGUAUCGCUAGGUUCGAUUAUUCCAGAGGAGCUUGCUGCAAUAUCGUCAGUUGGAACCCAAGAAACUCACGAUAGCGAAAAUGACGAUGAGGAGUUUGGCGAAGCUUCUAAUGAUGUUGAGUUUGAGGAAGAAAAUGACAUUGAACCUGAAACUGAAACUGAAAUAGAACCUGACUUUUCGUAUGAUGCGUCUGAUUUUGAAAAUCCUAACGAUGACGAUGAGACUGAGCAGAUUUUAGGGAGCGAGGUCCAGGUGUUGCUAAGCUUGGGGCCCAAAUUCGCACUACCCGUACACAGUCUCAACCAAAUCUCGCUGUAUCAUAUCAUAGCAGAUAUAGAGUCCAUACUACACACCACUGACGACAAACAAACUCAAAACGUAACCCGCUGUACGCUAGUGAAUCAGAUACAAAAUUACCUCUGUCGUGACAACAAAAACCAGUCUAAGGAACCGCUACUAAACUUUUGCACCAGUGCAACCGCAAGUUUAAAACAGUUCUUAACACAACACAAGGACGUAUACAUCCUGGAAUCGGACAAAGGAAAACGUACUGUCAUCAUGUAUAAUGCGGAUUGCGACCAAAAAAUGUUGGCACUACUCGACAGCCCCACGUACCAAAUACUUACCAAAGAUCCAACCACCACGUACCAGAGAAAAAAUAAUGCAAUAGUUUCCCGCUUGCUCAACUUAAAACUUAUCGAUCAGAGCACCGCCAAAAGAUUACAAACAACCACAGCAGUAUGCCCAUCGAUUUACGGACAACCUAAAGCCCACAAGCCACAACUUCCGCUUAGACCCGUAGUACCGACUAUAACAUCGCCAACAUACAGCCUAUCGAAGUUUAUUGCAAACAUCCUUUCCAAAAGCAUGAAAAGCAAAUACAACAUCAUCGACAGCUUCGAUUUCGUCCAGUACAUAAACAAAAUAACCCUUCCGACCAACUACGUAUUGGUUUCUUUCGACGUAGUAUCGUUGUUCACAAACAUUCCUAAGGAUUUGGUUAUGCACGACAUAAUCAUGAGUUGGGACACUAUACGCAGCAACACCAAUAUCAAUCUCGAUCUGUUCCUGGAAAUCAUAGAGUUUUGCAUCGACACCAGUUACUUCCGAUUUCGUGACAAAAUUUACCUCCAAACAUUCGGAACCGCAAUGGGAAGUUGUUUAUCUCCCAUUCUAGCCGAAUUCGUAUUAGAAACCCUACUAAAUACUGUUACUAGAAACCUACAAUACAAUAUUCCAGUGCUCAAAAAGUAUGUUGACGACCUCAUACUUGCAUUACCAGAGGACGAAGUUGAUAACACUCUAGCGGCAUUCAACAACUACAACCCCCACAUACAGUUUACAAAAGAAACAGAGCUCGAAAACCGCCUCCCGUUUUUGGAUACACUAGUAAUCCGGAAUGAAAACCAAAGCAUCACUACUCAAUGGUAUUCCAAAAGUAUCGCCUCCGGCCGGCUACUCAACUACCACUCGUUCCACCCUAUGCACAUGAAAAUCAAUGUUGCAACCAAUUUCAUCAAUCGUGUCAUCAAGAUCACCACCAACAAAUCAUCCGAUCAGCAAAAACAUGUCAUCUUUCAACAUCUACGCCAGAAUAAUUAUCCGACAGCAUUGAUCAACAGACUGCUAAACCGUAUUCAAAAUCGCAUCGAAACUCCUCAGCCAGAACCACCACCGCCGCUCCAAUCCGAUGAAGCUGCCGGUACAGAAAUCGAACAGCAUAUCCCAUCACAGCUAACCACUGCACCGUCCAGCCAAAAACAAUACACGUAUCGCGCAAUUCCGUAUAUUCCUCAACUCAGCACAGGAAUAAACAAAACUUUCCAAGCCAGCUAUCCUAACGUAAAACUUGCCAGCAAACCGAUAAAAACGACAAAACACCUGCUACCACCUAUAAAAGAUCCAGUACCACCGUUGCAGCAGUCCCAAGUAAUUUACAGCAUCCCGUGUGCCGACUGCUAG